CUCUAAGAGGGGUGAGAAAUAUGGCGGACAAAGUAAAGAACAUCGAAGAGUGUAUUUCGACAGCAAGUAAUUUAAGAUCGACCGUCAACAGAGUGUUUCAAGAUCUUGCUUCUGAUACUGAUGUAGCGAGUCAAUCGACUAGUGACGCGACUGAUCUUUCAGCUGCGGGCAAAGGAGCGAAAAUCACUCAAACAUUGAAGAAAAAUCUUGUAAGCGUGUACAAAGUUUUGAGGUAGGUAGUGGACACAUUGAAAGUUUGGCUUACAGAACGCCCAUAAAUUAAACUUCUGCUCAAUUUUUUGGUACGAUUUUUCCUUACAUCUAUUGUGCAUGCAGCAAUGUGUAAUUAUUUUACACAAAUAGUGAAAAUUUUUGGCUGGUGCACCAUAUACCAAGUGAAUAGCAAGUCUCAAGUGACGUCACAAAGAUCACAACAAUGAUCCCUUGCCCUUACACAAUAACCUAAUAAAAUUCACACAAUAGAAUGACACAAUAGUGCAUAUUUUGACUUGCUUUAUCACGCAACACCCUAAUUUAUAUUGACCUUACAAUACGAGCCCUGCAUUAUAUAGUUGCUCCAUAGACCUAUUCAGCUAAGGGGGUGUUUACAUGAGAAAACUUGCACUGGCACGAGUUUCAUACCUGGAUGAAUUUUUUAUUUCGUAUCGUGUUUGCAUUAUGACUGGGUCAUUUCAUAUCUCGUUAUUUGAAGGUACACUUCGCGUUGAUAAAAUACAUGUAAGAUUCAAAAUCGCAAACAUUACGAAUGUGCUACCCGUUCCAGUCUACCGGCAGACCGAUUUCACACCAAAACGUGUUUACUUGAUACUGUUGCAAGAUUUCGUACCAGAGUGAAAUUCUCGCGCCGGUACAACGACCGGGAUGAACUCAUGCCGGGGUGACUUGCGCCGGAAUGACUUUUGUGGUGGUAUCAUGUAAACAAAUGUAGAGCCAUGAGAGGGAACUGGUGCAAACUCACUCUGGUGCGAGAGUUGCCCCAGUGUCAUGUAAACAGGGGCCCGUUUCUUGAAAGUCCCCGUAACUUUUCAGACCCGAAAUCAAAUAUUCAAAUCGAAAUGUAAAGAAUAAGAGCGCUGGUCCUGGCUAGCAGACUACUCCAUCUUGUUUCACUAACUGAUAGUUUUAUCAUGCUAGAUGCAAAACCAUUGAUACCUCGAUCUUUAAUGUAAAUGGAGACAGCUUACCGGGCCCGUUAAUUAUCGGGACUUUCGAGAAACGGGCCCCAGCUCCUCACUUAAUGUUAUACCCAAUUCAAAAUCCUUGGGAAUAAAACAUUUUGUUUCAGGUAUUUCCAUAUCAUUUAAAUGUGAAUGUUACACAGGAUAUAAACACUGCUUGAGAAUAUUCCACGUGUAUUUUGCUCAUGUGUUUCCUUAACUUUUACAACUCUUGAGUUCGUAACGCCGAUUACUUUUCUUGCUUUUUUCGCACAUGGUUUUUUUCUUACGUCAUCAAAACGUGAUAUAUGGUUUCCAGUCCUUCGGCACACGGACGCCUGGCACUAAAUAGAAAUGCUUUUACUAAAAUGAAAUUUCUAUGCCUAACAUGAAUACCACAUUAUAAUGCAAAUACAAUACACAAAGAAUCUUAACCCUGGGAGAUUUGAAUUGGGUAUAACAUUGAGUUAGCCGAAUAGGUCUAUUUUAUUUGACAUAACUGUAGACUACAAGGUCAAUGUUCUAGGUAUAUUGGUUGAGGCAGCUCAGCAGCAUGGCAGACCUGAAUUAUUUUGAUAAAUGGUAAAACCAGUUGCUACUGAAUAGAUUCGAAACAUUUAUGCAUAAUAGAUGUAUGGCGCUGAGUACAAAUCUUACAUAAACCAUGUUAAUUUUUGGGGGCAUGGUGGCCAACCAGAUAUGGAAGCCUGGGUCCAAGCCUUGCUGUCAUGCUGUUUCCUUAAGCUGAGUAACUUUGUUUGACGUUUUUUCUCUUCAGUAUAAAUGUGUACCUGCAAUCAUACUGUUGGGGGUAACCCUGUGAUCGACUGGCAUCCCAUCCAUGUGGUAGUACAAAGUAGAAAUACUCCUAGAUGCCUCAAGCUAUAAAAAACCGGAAUAAGCUCCCCCUUUUUCCCCUCACAUGCAGACUUAUCCAUUCUUCUUUUUCUUUACACCGGAUCCUUCCUACUUUUUGUCUGUUUUGUAGUUUUGCAUCAGUCAAAUUCAACUGGUCUGUUACUGAUUUGUUACACUUUCUCUUUCCAAACAGCGAGUUGGACAAAGCAAGUGAUGCACUGGCUUGCUCAGAAAACCGCUCCCAAUCUCUGGGGAAUACUGGCUUAUUGAGCCUGGACCCUGUGGAAGACAGAACUGCCCUCUAUGACAAGCUUCUAGAAACCUACGACUGGCAUGAAAAGGUACCUUAUGAAUUAUAACUAAGAUUAAGGUGAUUAACACAUUUUUGUAAAAAAUGUACCUGAUAACUUAAGGAAUUACUGUAAGUUCGUAACACACGUUAUACCAUGCGUAAAAAAUGUUUGCAGAUUAAGGUUUUGUUCUUAUACAUAACUUUUAUUUUUCAACCAAGCACAACUUCAGUAUUUUUCAGAAACCAACUGGAGAGUAGAUAGAAAGAUAAGGAUAUGGGGAGAAAUGUUGUUCUAUUGUUGAGCCUUGGCCAAUCACUGAGGAACCAGUGAAUUCCAUGAUGAUGUUGUUUGAUGACAACUACAUGUACCAGGAUUCAUUUUGUUUUUGCUCUGUUAUUCCAAUUAGUAAUUAAUCCAAGCAAGGUCUAAUUACAUGUACAUUUUGUGCUUUUAUUAGUAAUGUAGUAAAAAGGGCUCCAAAGAACUCAAGGAAACAAACACUGGGUGGAUUAUCGAGUAGUUUUUGUCAAAAAAACUCAUUGUGAAAAGGCUUUGUUUUAACAAAACCACACUCUAAGUCAUUUUCAAUUUGCCCAACAAUUUUAUCUAAACAUCAUUUAUUGUGAACAGUUUUAUGAAAGCAUAUAGAGAAGACUGGAAAAGCAUUUAUCUUCUUAAAACAACCCACCAAAGAAGAGAUCUGGAGUUUCAAAUAUUCGGUAAACCGUUGCUUAAGUUAGACUUUGUUUAAAUAAAAUUAUUUGGUCCUAUAUGUUUAGAAAACUAUAUAUAAAUUUCUGAUAUUAAGCAAGCAGCAAAUUUAACCUCUAUUUAAGGUUGGUUUUUGACCAAAGUUCAGAUUCCACUUUCAAAGUGAUGGCUUUCUUUUUCCAACUGCAGAAGUUGUGUCCUAAACCGCAAGAGUGCAUGGAUCUUCUUUGCAUUUCUUUCUUCAUCCCUCAGUUCCAAUUAUAUGUGAAAUUCGUAUAUUCAUUGUUUCAUAUAUAAUGUUUUCAUCAGUUGACUUCAGAGGCACAGCAGGUUUUAUCAUGCCUAAAACGACAUCAUCCUUCAGCAGUUCAAAGUUCAGAUGGAGCCUCAGCAGCAAAGAAAGCCAAGGUCAAUUUAAAAAGGUAAGGAAUGUGCUGAAAUACAUGUUUUUCACUAGAAUGUCAUAAAUAAUUGCCACAUACCAAGGCUUGAAAUGCAUUUAGCUAAAGGUUAUGCAAAAUUUUUAAUGUUCAACAGCACCACCAUUAUUGUGAUGCGUGAAAAUAAUAAUGAAUAAAAUGCUCAUUUAAAGUGCCAAAUAAAAACAUUUUCCACCCAAAGUCAAAGAGUGGGAGCAAGGCUGUGUCCACUGUUUGGGUACCUAUUAGACGACUGAGUACUAAUCAACGGGAUAUGAAUUGAUUUCUGUGUACGACGUAACCCGUAACUGACUUAGCUUUUUGGUCAAGAUGCCUCAGUCCAUAAAACCAGAAAAAGAGUAGGUACAUGUUUCUAAGAAGUGUAUUCUUGACAUCUUGACAUUUUCGUGACGUUUUUUUAUUCAUUCACCUUUCAUUAGCGAAAUAUUAAAUGCCUUAAAAGAAUUCAAGACCUUGUAUCCUCAGUUAGAGUUUUCAUGGUUUACAACCAAUAGCUGGGGAGUUUAUGUUUUUGAGGUUAGUGUGAUUUUUGUAUUUAUUAAAAGUUGAGAUUAAGCGCAGUUAGUUUGCAUGUUGAAUUGCAAAAAUAUCAGUAAUACUAUGAGGAAGAUUAUUGCUUACUUUAAGGAUUUACUCUAUAUUAACUUUGGUGGUUCCCUUAAAUUUUUUUUAUGAGGUAGUUAUUCAGUAAUUAAGUCCCAUCUUUGGGAAACAUUUCUAGUUCUUUGCACACACAGCGUACCAGUGAAAGUAUGAUUCUAAACACAUUGUUGUAAUAAUAAGAACUUAUUCAUUCUUGAUGGAGAGUUCUUUGGCAAUGCCAAUUUACCAAUUUACGUGUACGUUUACAGUGUUUAUAGGUGUUGUUACCGAAAAGUUUUCUUACUGUGGAAUUUUUGCUGGCAAUGCCAUAUUCCAAACCCUGAAACCUACAAGAAAUCACCAUCAAAACCACAAUCAACAUCAUAACCAAUUCCAUAACCGUUAUUGUAAUAAGGAUCUCAACGCAUUUAACUGUUUUCCUAAUUAUUCAUUAUCUUAAUCGUGGUAACUGUAUAAUCAUAAUCGUAAUCAUAAUGGUAAUGUUAAUCAUCACAGUCAUCAUCAUCAUCAUGCUUGUAAUCAUCAUCAGAAAAAUACUUAUUAUAUCCAUUUUGAAAUCACUAGUGAUCCCUCCAGUCUGAUUGGUUCUCAACAGUGUGAUUUAUUCACAAAUCACACUAAUUUUCGCUCUAAAACACAUCUGUUCUAAAUCGCAUCAUUGAUUUGUUUUAAAAUUGCACCAUUUUUUUAAUUCAAUAUCGCAUCAUUUCUGUUUCGAAUACAAAAUGCGAUGUAAAAGCCUUUUUGCCCGCUUUUCAACAAACCGGGACAGGGUCCUAAAUUGCGCCUUCCUGGUCGCCAAUGCGACUAAAAAUUUAGUCAGUUCUGGCGACCAGAAUUUCAUAGCUGGUCGCCAGCUAGCGACUUGUAAAGCAGGUUGUUAUUGUGGACUUAAACGUUCGGAGAAUUGAAACCUCGAAGCUAUUUGCCAACAGGUGUCUUACUUUUUGUCCUGCUGAUAUUUUUUAAUUAAAAGUGAAACGAAGCUUCCUGUAAUAAUACCUCCACAACAGCUACUAUCAAUACGAGUUGAACGUUUCCAAGCCGCCAUUACGAGUAAUGUGGCACAAAAAAAUGUGACCUGGUACGAGCAACAUGGCGGCUAUGUUUCGUGGUUGUUUUGUAGAUUGUUUCGUGGUAGUUAUCGGAAGAAAAUAGUUUUGAUAUGAUCAGGUGCAGUCAUGGGCAGACAGCUUUCUGUUCCUACGUUCUAGAUCAGAUGGCUUUACAUGUAUAUCUCCAAAAAGUAAUUUCUGGAAAAAAUGAGACUUCACUCGUACACGUACGGUUUGUUUCUGGUAUCGGGAGCUGAAGUAUUGCCAUUUUUGAGCACAAAAACGUCCAUACCAUGCAUUUUUUAUACGUGUUUAAAAUUUUAUUUGAAGAAAAGGGAAGGGGGAAUUUUUGGCGACCACAAUUUGCCCUCUGGCGACCAAAAAUUUAUACUUGAUCGUCAGUUGGCGCUCGUAUUAAAAAGUUAUUUUCGGACCUUGCGGGAACUUGAUCAAUAAAAUAUUAAUACUGAAUGAAUUUUGCGAUUGCAAUAUGGCUUUAAUAAAGUGGUAAUUGUAAAAAUCACGUUUUAUUCGUCAUAAGUGGUCAGUGGAGUAAGUUUCUGACCCUUCUAAGUAAAGGUCUUAGCUUUCAGGAAUUGACAAGUGGAAAACGGAACUAAAGUGACCUUUAAACUCGGUGCUCUGUAUUUCUACGUCAGGUGGUCGUUCCUAAGACGUUCAAGGCGAUAUUCUCCAUGCCGCCGAGAGUGACAGAGAUCGACCGGCUUGUCAUCCGGGGACUACAGGAGAACCCUUUACUGGAAAAGGAGGUUUGUGUUUUUAUAUUAAUUUACCAAAUUGGCGGCUUCAAAAGUAACUUAUCUCUUUCCUACUUCAUCCUUCUAGUACAAAGACGCGAUUAAAAGUGUUGUCCGUAUUGCUGCUGGCGGUUUGCACGCGACGUCAUGACAGACAUGUUGGUGGUCAAGAACUGAAACAUUUCUAUCCUUUGGGAACUAAAGUCCAUUUUCAUGCAAAUUCUUUGAAAUAAUUUUUAUUUUAUUGACCACCAUGGCCGCCAUAGUUGCAAACCAAGACUAAACUGGAAAAAGCGCCGCACGUACAUGUAAGAGAAAAAUAUUUAUAAGCACGGCAGAUCCCCGAAGGCAGAUUCUUCCCGCAAUUAUGCCGCGUUUUUUUUUAUAUUUUUGCUGAGAUGCUAACUUGGCUGGUGUUGUCAUUGCUGUUUGUGUUAUAACUGGGGAUCAUUUUUACUCGCGUAGUCAGCAGCUAUGCAAAUUUCGUGAUACGUUUUUGAGAAACUGCCCACCUACUCGUUUCCUAAGCCAAUAUUUUGCCCUAAGUGAGAAGUAAGUGUUAAUGUUGGCUCAGGGGAGGGGUAGGUGAGCAGUUUCCCAGAAACGCAUAAUGAUCCGACUUGGAGCAAAAGAAAGUUUUUCAUGAGGAAAGAGUUCAAUCCACUAAAGUUUUCUUUAAUACACCAACAAUGCCGCCGUUUCAUUGUUUUGCACACGAGUGUGGCCACCGUGACGUCAUAUGACGGGGAACAGAAGCUUUAAUAGGACAAUUGCACGAUGACGUCAUUUUACUUCAACUUCCAGAAUCCUUGAGUUUGUUGUUUUCUUGUGCAAAUUAAGACUAUUGCUCGUUAAUCCUCAGCAGGAUUGACAAAUUUAAAUAACAAAGCAACACCAAAAUGAGUUCUGGUAGUUGUAGUCAAAUAUCGUGAUCGUGCAAUUGUCCUAUUCUAUCAUAUUCUUACUAUGUUAGUGUUAUCGUCUUCGAACAAAACAAAGAAGGAGUAUUACUGUGUUGUUUCAAAUGAGUUGUAAAUAGGCAUCCGAAAAUUUGUAUUCUUACGAAGAUGUUCUUUUUAGCGUCGUAAACAAGCCGUAAGCGGAGGAAUUACUUUGGCCAAUCGAAUGUGAUUUAGCAUAAUUAUCCAAUUAACCAAACAAAACGCCAACCCAGUGUGUUCUUUCGUGUCGUUAAUGGUUUAUUUUUACCUUUUUAUAUUUUGAUUUAUUAUUGCAGGAACUUUGGUCUCAGUCACGCUAUGCCGUUUUUAGGAAGGUAUUUAGCAAACACUAAAUAUUUCAAGAGCCGAUCCGGGAAUCUUUGACAAGGAGUCCAAAGUUAUAUUAAGUUUGAAAAUGCUUGGCCUUGUUAACUAACUCUACUUUCCACGGCCGCUUACAUGAUGAAAUCCUAGUAAACUGCAUUUGAGGCAAAAACAAGCUUGAAAGUAACGCAUUUUACAGCUCCAAAUGAAUGAUUUGUUGUGGGUCCUUCCGUGUUACCAAUUUCAGUUUGAAAGUGCUUAGCUAGUCAGUUGCUAAAACUGGAGAGGUAACCUGUGAUCUUCACCUUUUCUUAUAAUAUCCAUGAAUGGAAGAGUAACAAUCGUGCUGAUUAUAAGAAAAUCACUUUACGUAUUAUUUAAACUUUUGCUAUUGUCGUUCUAUGACCGCAUUCUGAUUUGCUUUAAUUUAUUCCUACAUAUAGAAGGCGCAAGGGUCUUAAGUUUAGCUCUUAUUUUCUGGACUCUGAAUUAGCACAUGACGUAUUUGUUUUGCUUCGACAUUUCUGUUUCUUUUUCGUCUUCUUAUCACUACAUAACUACUAGAGACAAAAAAAGGAAACAGAAACCAAGGAUAGAACUGGAUUACAAGUUGUCCAAAGAUUGAGGUUUCAUGAGUUGAAUGGUUACCCUGUGACUUUUGGUUAGACUCGUUAUUUUCUAUGAAUUAACUUUUUCUCUCUCCUUUUUAAAAUUUUCAACUUCAAGGUAACGGAUUACGCGACUUCAGCGUUGUUGCAUUAUUACUCUGCGACUGAUCCUGCCGCACAACUGCGAGGAGUCUGGGUGAGUCAGUUAAUUACUGUUCAUGCAUGAACCACCUACAGACCAGCUAAAGCCCUGUUUGAAUAUGAUCGCUUUGAUCACUGAAAAAAAGGUUCAGCGAUCUUAGCGAUCAUAUGGAAAGCACUAUUCAGCGAUCAAAGCAAUUAUAUGGAAACCACUCUCUAGUGAUUGUAGCGGGCGAAGUGACAGCAAAAAUACCAGGAUGCAAUGCGUACGCUCCCCCAUUUCAAGAUGGCACCACUACGAGUACCGAGAAAUCAUUAGCUUUGGCACUUUUUAUGCAGGAAGUGCAAAAAUACGAGUGCCUUAGUUUACAACAAAUUUUUCCACAGAAUAUAGAGACGAGACAAGAAAAACAAUUGUUGAGAAGCAACUGAGGAAAAACUCGACCUGAGUACCGAUCAGGCAGAGAAGAACAAUGUGCGCGGGACUUUUAAAGAAAUCAGUGCCGUCUUGUUUUGGAAGAAAGGCGGUACCAGUAUGGUGUUGAAUUUGACGAACUGCGCGAACGAUGUUGUCACACCUAGGUGCCCUCGAUACUCAGUCAGCGAUUGCAGUGCUUAUAUGGAAAAAAAUGUCAAAUUUCACAAAAUGACAUCUUACACAUUAAAUAAUCGGAAUUUUACCGGUGUUUUCACAAUUCUAUUGUGAAAUUUGCCGUUUUCUUGUGCUCCCAUGAAAAAUGUUUUGUGGUAUUAUUACAGACAACGAAUUCAACUUGAUAGCCCUUAAAAAUAUAAGAAAGAAUGUAAUAUUGUUUAAAUUAUCCUGGCACAAGGUUUUUGUCCACAAAAAUUGGAAUUAUUCAAUUCCCUGAUGUCAUUUUUCUUUGCAGAAAUGGUUAAGCAGUUUCCAAGGAUUGUUCUCUAUUAAAUGUACUGCCUGCGGCACUCACUUGAAGGAGGAGGAAGAAAAUGUAUUAUUACCUCCAUGCUGGCGAACGUACGAAGAUCUUUCUCCGUAUCACUAUCAGUGUAGACCCUAAAUUCUGCAUUAGGUCAGACUAUUGUCUUUAAAAUAAACUUAUUUCACCCCUACUCAGUGCUUAAUCUGUUUAAGUAGUUUUGAAGUGAAAAGGAUUAAAAAAAUAUUAACAUGCAUAAAAAGGUUGAUGAAGGAAAAUGUGAACAUAGCCGUGCCUCAGUGGGGGUUGUUUUGAUAUUUAC